AUAUUUGCACUAUCAAUUUAUAAAACUUCUCCCAAGGCUUAUUCAUUCUUAUUCAACAUGUUUGCAUUACCUGUCGAAAGCACAUUAAAUUCUCUAUUAUCAAAAAUCCCGUUCAAACCCGGUGUUAAUCCUCACAUAGAGAAUAAUAUUAUGCACCAGGUAUCAAAAUUAAAACCUAUUGAUAGAACAUGUGUUUUAAUGUUUGAUGAAAUGUCUCUUGAACCAGGAUUGAAGUAUGAUAAAAAGAAUGAUUUGAUGCUUGGGUUUGAAAAUUUUGGAAAUGUUGUAACUGAUAGAUUUGCCAACCAUGUUUUAGUUUUCAUGCUCAGAGGUAUAUGCAAAAAAUGGAAGCAGCCAUAUGCUUAUUACUUUUGCCAAGGGACACCCAAAACACCAAUGAUGAUAUCGUGUAUUAAUGAAGUCUUGGAAGUGUUUUGAGACUGGGUUAAAAGUAGUGGCAACAGUUUGUGACCAAGGUUCCACGAAUAGAAGUGCGAUAAACCAACUGAUUAAGACAAAUAAAUCUGAAACCAAUAAUCAUACAAUUGGUUUUAAUAUUAAAAAUGUAGAAAUAGUUCCAGUUUAUGAUGUACCUCAUUUAACAAAGAGUAUUCGGAAUAAUAUGCUUGAUAAGGAUGUAGUAUUUACUCUGGAUGGUAAGGAGCAUUAUGCCUCUUGGGAUCAUAUUAUUGAAUUGUAUAAUAUUGAUAAAGACAAUGAAAAUUAUGAACUUAGAGCUCUACCCAAGUUGACAGAAAACCAUGUAUUUCCGCAUAAAAACAAAAUGAAAGUUUGUUAUGCCACACAGGUUUUUAGUCAGAGGGUAGCUGCUACUAUGAAACUGUUGUCUAGACCAAUGUACAAAAAUGAUAAGUUGAUAAACUCUGAAGGCACGGUUGAAUUACUACUAUUUAUGGACAAAACAUUUGAUUCAUUGAAUGCAUCAAAACUUGUGAGUGAUCCAGGUAAGCCAUUUACAGGAGCAGUUACAUUGAAUCUGAGUCCAUCUAUAUAAAUCACUGGAAUAAGGCAAUUAAAUUAUUUGAAUCGAUGAAAUUUAUUGAUAAAAAUACAAAGAUUCCAGUGAAAAGACAGCCCACCAUGUAUAGCUAAUUGGGUAUUUACACUGAAAUCAUUUAAAUAUCUAUGGUUCAAGUUAAAAAAACAAUUUUUUUAAGUUUUUACUAACCAGAAACAUCAACCAAGAUUCGUUGGAAUGUUUCUUUGGAAAUAUUCGGAGUCAUGGUCAUAGAAAAUAAUCCAGAUUGUUUCAGUUUGUUUUAUCAUUCAAAACUCUGUUAAUAAACAAUUUAACACAUCAAUCAAGUCCGCUGGAAA